GGUAUUGGCCCCCAUUUACGCGGACACUGCGAAUUGAUGGGUCCCCACAACGCGUCGAGCUCCUGCCCAUUCAUUCAUUCACCUGCAGCGGGAGUUACAACACACUCACUUAAACCAAACACCAAUUCAAGGUUGUGGGUUCCGAAUCCGGCAAUACGAGAUGUAAAUAGAAUCCUACCCGAAACACUCGAAACCCCAAAACAUGGCAGAUGAGGAUGAUCCGUCCAACCUCUUCUCUGUCCCCGAUCUCUGGCGACCUUCGACCUGGCUUGACGAUGCCCUCGCCAAAACCGCCAGUAUCGACAACAUCGACAAACACAACACUCUUUUCACUCUCAAUGUGCUAAAAGAAGCCUUCCCAAGGUCAUCCCCGAGCCUCACUGAAACUGGUGAAGUCCAUGUUCUACACGGGAACCAGGAUGACGACGACGUCUUCUUCAAGCUUCCCUCUCUUUUGAAGGAGUUAGCCGACGAAGAACCUAAGUCACAAACUAAGCCUAACCAGUUCAGUGUUGGGCAUCCCGAGUUUGAGCCUGAGCCUCCAACCGCCUCUUCAGACGAUGAGGAUUUCUGGCUGUCUCACGACAUCGACCCCGCCAAACCAUCCCUGUUCAGGACCUGGGAGAGUUUCGACGAUUUAGAGCAAGAGCAGGGCUUGCCAUUAUUUAUCUCUGAAGCGGGGCCUGCUGCGUUCGAUGCUUUAUUGGCAUCCAACGAAGAGGCCGGUGACAUCCCCGAUGUGUUGGAUGCCGCAGUCUACUGCGCAUGCUUGUUGAACCUCGCCCUGGGGAGGAGUUCGGUCUUGUUCUCAUGGGAAUCGGAGAGGAACUCGUUUAUCAAAACUAGCCCUCGCCUCACCAUCUCUGGGCUGUCGUUGGACACGGUCAAGGACGUUGACAAGCUCUGUAUCGAGUGCGGAAACUCGGCCAGGCAUCUCCAGGCCUUCGCUGAGGGGGCAUAUUUUGCCGCCUCCACUCCCACCAGGGUUGCUCUCGCCGGUGUCGCUGACCGGCUUGUGACGGCGGUCCGCUCCGAGCUCAAAAACAACAGCCACGGUGUGAGGUCAAUCCUCCAGCUACAAUCUGUCGUCCAGCCGGCUCGGUCGAUCCUCGUCUACUUCAAGGGGCUCGUCAGAAAGCUGGCCCAACAAACGUCCGACGAAGGAAUGCUGUCAUGUCUCUUCCAGGAGGCGCAGGCUUCUGAGUACCGAGAUAGCCUCGUAGAAGAUGCUACGCGGGAAGUACUACGUGUCUUAUCCAAGCCAUGGAUCGAGUUUGUUGAACAGUGGGUUGGUCUAAAGGCCGAAGAGGGGAUUGCCAUGGCCAAGACGGGGGCCGACAAGGGCUUUGUCAAAGUCGCAGACAAGAUGUGGAUCGAUGAUCAAGGCUUUGAACUAGAAGAAGCCGACUAUUUCCUCGACGAGGAUAGAGUGCCGACCUUUGUCCCGGCGGAUAUGGCCCAGUCGAUUUUUGAAACUGGCAGGAACCUCCGGUUUCUACGCGACCAUCACCCGGAGCAUCCGCUCUCGAGACCGGACGUGGUUUCUCGAGCAAUGCCGCCGAAGUUGAAAUGGGAAUUCAACUGGGACGCUGUAUCGAAGCUGGAGGAGAGAGUCAACGAGUACCGAAACGCAGUAGCUCGAGCUAUCAAGGGGACACCGUCGAGGGCGCCUCAAAUCACAUCCUCCGGCGUCAAGAAGCGGAAGUACGACGUUGCAGAGCUCGAGUAUUUUGGAAAAGACGAAGUCCAGGUGCGAGAAAAUAUUCUUGCUUCGAUACGCCAGCUUGAUCAGUCCCUCGGAAAUCCCGAGCCGCAGGAUGAGCUUACUCGACUUAUUCGCGAUCGGCUGUAUCGAACACCAGAGACAUCACUCAACCACAGCAGCCUUUCCCCCCACUGGACACUGGUACCCCUUUUGUCCUUCGGUCCAAUCAUUGAGGCCCAGUCGGUUCUCAUAAACCAGGAAUGUAUGAAGUUCCUCUUUAGCGCACACCACCUGCGCGUCCACAUCGACCUCCUCAAACAAUACUUCCUUCUCGGCAAUGGUCUCCUUGUCAGCCGCCUCACCCAUGCCCUCUUCGACCCUGACCUCUCCACCGCCGAACGCCGCACCGGCGUCGCCCUCGGCAGCAGCAGCACGAUGGGUCUCCGUCUCGGAAGCCGUCAAACCUGGCCGCCAGCGAGCUCCGAACUCCGCCUCGCCCUCAUGGGCGUUCUGUCCGACUGCUACCAAUCCCCCACCUCUUCUCCUGGUGCCGAUACCAACACCAACAACCCCAGUGCAACCCUCCCAGGCGACCUCAGCUUCUCCGUCCGCGACCUCUCCCCGCAAGAAAUAGACCGUUGCAUGGAUCCGCACGGCCUCGAAGCCCUCGAUUUCUUGAGGCUGUCCUACAAACCACCCACUGCCCUACGCCCCGUCAUCUCCCCGGCCAUCCUCCUAAAAUACGACCGCAUCUUCAAAUUGCUACUCCGUGUGCUAAGGAUGCUGUACGUCGCGAACCAACUCUCCUGCCGCCGCUACCGCAAGAGCAACAACGGCAACCGUGCAAUCCCCGGGGAAGAAGAAAACCAACAAGCCGAAGAAAGCAACGCAUCCCGCCGCUUCCGCAUCGAAGCCACGCGCUUCGUCCACCACAUCGCCGCCUACUUCUUCGACGUCGGCAUCCUGGAGCCGUGGGCGCGUUUCGAGGCGUGGCUAGACGUAGUCCAAGCCGAAACCGAGGCCGAGGCCGAGUCAUGCAGCCCCAGCUCCUACACAAGCACCAAACUAGCCCCGAACGAAGGCGGGAACUCUGGAGACAACGCGAACAAGGCAAACAAAAACGACAAGAAAAAGAAAGCGACCCCAGGCGGCGGCGGCGGCGGCGGCGGCACCGCCGCCGGCCCGGACGUGCUGCGCGCGCGGCAGGAGCGCGUGCUGGACGAGAUGAUGGGCGUGCUGUUCCUGCGCAAGCGGCAGGCGCCCGUCAUGGGCCUGCUGGAGGAGACCUUUGGCGUCGUGUUGCGGUUUGCGCGGCUGAGCGCGGCCGGCGGUGGGGGCGAGGGGGGCGAGGGGGCGGAGGGGGCGGAGACGGCGCGGGAGCUGUAUCGGUUGUUUAGGAAGAAGGUUGAGGUGUUUGUGACUGUUUGUAGGGGGCUCGGGUUAUGGGAGUGCUUAAUUUAUUAUCCCUUGGAAGCUUCUCAGCAACUCAAUGAUCAUGCAAAUGGAACUUUGACGUGA